CUAUCAUCGUGGUACAGAUGGGCACGUGUUUCCCAUCUAAAUUAGAGACUACUGCUAUCGCCUAUCAUCGUGGUACAGAUGAUCACGUGCUUCCUAUCAUCGUUAACAUACAACUAUCAUUCAAAUUUGAUACCAACAAGAUGAGGACGUCACAUCUUUACGUUUUGUUACUAUCGGCAUUGGUAGUUCAGAUUUCCUCUGAAACUUCUGAUCAAGAAAAAAUAUUAGGCAGUAUUCUAUCAUCUUCGUUUGAGAUUGCAGCAAAACCUAUUGCCGAUUUAAUAAAUGCAGUACCAAUGAAUUUAGAUGCAGACAAAUUCUUGAAAGAAUUCACGUGGAAAUUAAAGCGGCUUAUGGAACAAACCCAAGAUGAGUUAUUUAAUAUGAUACCAAAAACCGAGAGAGAAAAUACAAAAAAAGCGAUUGGAUACUUGUCAAUGUAUAUGUCGGGAGCAUCUUCAGAUGCACUGAGAUUAGUAGCAAGAUUAUCAAACAAAUCUGUUGAUGCAUUACCGGAUAAUAUUAAAACCAAAUUCCUUGACAUAGAAAAUGAUAUUGAUGACUUCUUAAAAAAAAUAAGGGUUGAUUUGAAUGGUCCAAAAACAUCACAAAAAACAUCAUAAGAAACAUCCAAAUUAUAAUGAAUAUUAUUUUAAUAUUAUUUUAGAUACCCAAUAAAAAAUAAAUUAAUAUCUAAUUGAUACGAUAAAUAUCAGUUCAAUAUUUCAAUGUUAACUUUUAAAUGAUAUUAGUAGAAAUGACAAAUGAUCUACAGACUACAAUCAACAUUAUACUUUAGGAAACACGAACAUUGUAAUUAUCGGUGUGUAUUGAAAUUAUGUAUACCAACUUUAUUUGUAAAGCUAAUGUUAUAAAACAUCGGUUAGAACACUUAAUAGUAACAAAUUUAUUGAUUGUAUACAUAUAAAGCUUACAUUAUAUUACACCUAACCUUUAAUGUAAUGAAAAUUGUAGCUUAUAAAUACCUAUAUUAUUGUUUGUUUAAUUAUAUACAUUUACAUGAAAAUAAACAUUAUGUCAUUAUGCAA